AUGGCCUCUCCAUCUAGUGCACGGGGCGUCAGCAAGGACAAUAGACCUGACCAUCUCCUUCAGAUCGACCCGAACACUCCCGCGACAGGCCUACGGAUCGCCUUGGCCGCCGAGUCUGCUUUCAACAUCUUCACAGCCACGACAAUGAUCAUCACCCCCCGCUCAGCUCUACAAGGUCCACUGAUGCCAUUUGACUUCCCAAACGGCAUUUCGCAAGAGCGGCCAUCUCCCGAGAUAGCAUCUGUCACGCAGUAUCUCGGGGCCUUCGUCUUGGCCACGAACGUGGGACUGGUACUUGGGCUUCCGAACAAGCCUGGGGCCAUUGAGAUCAGGCGAACGGCAUGCGCGACCUUUGCAGCCUUGGAAAUCACAUAUAUCGUGAUUAUUCUGUGGCAAUUAUGCGUUGCGGGACAGAGCGCGACCGGCGUGAGCAUGGAAAAGGCACUGCGGGCUUACCUAGUGCCCAUGUCUGUUGCGUGUGGGCUCAGGCUCUGGACCCUUUUCGUGCGACCCGACUGGAUGGGCAGAUCAGACAGGGUCUCGGUAGAAGCCACUCCCUCGUCAAGUGCCCGUAGAUGA